UAAUUUUAUAAUUCUACGAAUAUACUUUCUAUGUCUAAAACAACAUCAUCAAUGAUUAAAUUAACACUGUCUAUUAAAUACUCUGAGAAAAUACAAUUCAAAAUUGCCUUUCCAGUUGAUCAAAAUACAACAAUUCGAGAAUUAAAAUAAUUUUCUGUUGACCGUCUGAGCAAACUUUAAAAAGUAAAAGUUUUUUUUAUUUUUAUUAGGUCGUUAAAAUUGGUUUUGAAGACAUACCUUUGAACUUUUAAGAUAUAAAUUACUCUUUAAAAGAUUAGUAAAACAAUUUUUUUGAUGAUGAUGAUCUUGUCACAGAUUUGAUUAAAAAUAAUGAAACAAUUCAAUUAAUAUAUUUACCCUCUUUGGCUCCAAAAACUCAAUAACCUUCUACAUAUUAAUAAUAGAUUCAAUUAAAUAAUACAUCCAAUUAAAUAAUCUAAUAAACUUUGGGUUCAUAAUAAAACUCAUUACUUCCAUAAAUUUAGAAUUCAACUUAGUAACCAACUAUCAAUACUUAAAAUUAAGUUCCUUAAGUCUAAUAAAAUUUAACCUAAUCACAAAAUAUAUAAAAUUUAAACAAUUUGAAUUCAUAGAAUUCUUCAAAUAAAUUAUUAAAUUAAAAUUAAUUAUUAGAGUUAGAAGACUAAUUUUAUUUGAAUACUUAAAAUAUUAAAAAUUGUUAAUAUGAAGGAGAAUUUGAAUUUUGGGUAAGAUUUUUAUAAGCUAAAGAUACUUAAUAAAAAUUUAAAUAUUGUUGUAAUCUAGAUCAUACAUUAAUAUAAGUAUCCGAGAUGAUAUGCAAUAGUUUAUAAUUAUAGGUUGAUUAUGUAGUAAGUUUUUAUAAUAUAAAUGGACUUCCAAUAUGUACAUGUUUAAAUUAGAUGCAUAAUGUUAAAGUUUAAGAAUCAAUAAAUGCUUUAAAAUAACGAGAAAUGUAUGCAAUAAUAUCAAAAUGCAAAGUUGGAUAAGCUUCAUUACCUAAAAUAGAUUCAGAUGUUGGAGAAUAAUAAAUAUUUAUUCAAUAUUAAGGAUCUAAAUCCAUCAGAAUAGAUUUAAAGACAUCAACCAUCUAAGAAUUGAAAUAAAAAAUAUAUCAUAAAUUGAAUAUACCUACUCCAAUAUAAUAGCUAUUUUAUAUUGGUAAAAUCUUAGAAAAUAAUAAAUUAUUAUAGGAUUAUGGAAUAUAAAACUUAAGCUCCAUUGUGUUAAAUUUCAAAGUCAUGGAUACAUAUCCAUUCUCAUCAAGUUAUAAUUACAAUUUUAAUCUACCUUGGAUGGAACAUCUAAUACCAUAAACAAAUAUAGGAUUUCAAUAAUUUAGAUCAGUUUCACUAGUUUUCUUUUCUCAUUUUUAAGAUCCAAGAUUUAUGGCAAUGAUAAGAAAAGUUUCAAAUAACAAUACUCCACUUGUCUUGGUAUGUUAAUUAUUUUCUAAACACUUAAGAUCUUCUUAAUUGUAAUGCAUUGCAUUUGAAGUUGGUAUGUAACGUGUAUUUUUUGAUCUCAUAUUAUUAAGUUAAAAUGUACCUGAAACUUUCAAGAUAGAUAGAAUUUUUGAAUAUUCUAGAUAUUUUUAUCAUUUAUUACAUUAAAAGACUUUGAAAUUAAAAUUGGAUGAUGUUAAAUAAUAAGAAAAUUUUAAAUUUCUUGAUUUAGUCAGUCAAAUUACUCUCAAAAAAAUUAGUAAUCCUGCUUAUUUAUCAGAAUAAAUAAAUGAUGAAGCAAUAGAUUUAACAAAUUUUUAAUUAGUAGAUUAUGAUGAGAUUUAAGUCAAAAUUUAAAAUAAUGAAGUAAAUUAAAAUAAAAUUCCUUUUGCAUAACUUAAAUUAUUAUAACCAGAUUAAUUACUUGAAGAUUUUUCAUUGAUUAAAUUAUAGGACAGAGAAACAUUAAUUUGGUAACCAAUAAAAUUAAUUGAUAUGGAUUAAAUUAAAAUUGAAAUUCCAAAUACUUGGUCUAUGAAUUAAGUAAUUACAUCACAUAAUUCAUUAAAAUUAUAUAGUGGUAUUGAAUUAAAAAAUACUUAAAUUCAUCCCUUAUUGACAAGUGGUAAAAAUGAAGAAUUACUAAUUUAUACUGGUAGUAAUAAGGAUAUUAAGUAUCCAAUAAUUAUAUAUAAUGUAAUGACGGCUGAAAUGAAACCAACAAAUCCAGAUUAAUUAGCAUUACUUCAAUAAAUUGGAUCAGCUAAUUAAAAUGAUGAUUAUGAUGAUGAUGAUGAUGAUUCUGAAUAAAAUCAAGAAAAAGUUAUAGAACCAAAAAUCACUAAUCCACCUAAUGAAGCUAUUGUUGUUUUACUUGAUAUAUCUGGUUCUAUGGAUGAAUUAUUUUAUGAUAGUGAAGAUCUUACUAGAAUGGGAGUUGUUAAAGCAUUUUUUAAUACCUUUGCUGAUAGAACUAUGGCAUAUAAUUUAAAGAAUGUUAUCUCUUUAGUUUAUUUUGAUGAUAGAAUCAUUGAAAAAUGUUCAUUUACUGAAUUAUUCAUAUUAUUUAAAGAUUUAGUAAAUAAAGCUAAAUCAGCUGGUCAAACUAAACUUUAUAGAGCAUUAUAAUUUGCUGAAAAGCAAUUAUUAGCAUUCAAAUAAAAAUAUCCAAAUUGCUUAUUAAGGAUUAUUGCAUUAACAGAUGGAUAAGAUAAUGAUAAAAAUCCUUUAGAUCCAUUAAAGUUGGCAGAAUCCAUUUAUAAAAAUGAAAUAAUACUAGAUUCAUUUGCUGUAUCUGAUUUUUGUCCAGGUUUAAAGAAAAUUACAAAAGCAACAGGUGGACAAUGUUUUUCUCCUUCAACAAUAUAGGAAGGAUUAAAAUUAUUUGAAUAUGAAACUAUUUUAUCAGCGUAAAUACGAAAAAAAUAAAAUAAAAUAACACUUAAAUAUAUUAGAGACACUUUUAAAUUAAAAGAUUCAUAGAUUGAAUUUGAUAAAGUUCCUGUUAGCAUUAAUCUACCAAAUGAAAUAAAUUCUUAAUCAAUUCAUCCUUAAUAACUAGUAUAAGAAAUCAUUUAAGAUUAAAAGAAAUUAUUUUAGUAUGCUCCUAACAAUCAAUUGAAAAGAGUAAUAAAAGAAAUAAUGAAUUAUGAAUAACAUCCUCAUCCUCAUAUAAAAAUAUUCCCAUGUUAAAAUAAUGUAUCAUUUUGGAAAAUCAUAUUAUUGGGUCCAGAGUAAACUCCUUACGAUGGAGGAGUCUUUAUACUAUAUUUAUAAUUUGAUGAAAAUUAUCCAAAUAAACCUCCAAAUUUGAGAUUUCUUACACCAAUUUAUCAUUGUAAUAUCAAUUCAUAAGGAAGAAUUUGUCACAGUAUCUUAGAUAGAAAUUACACCUUAGAUACUACUGUACUCUAAAUAUUCUAAGCUAUAUUUGGUAUAUUAUUAAUUUAUUAAUAAAUAGGUUUAUUGAUGACUCCAGAACCUGAUGAUCCUUUAGACACAAGUAUAGCUUCUGAAUAUUUGGAAAAUCUACAAAUGUAUUAAAAUAAAGCAAAAGCUCACACUUAAGAACAUGCUAAAAAGCCAUUAGAAGAAGUAAUUACAUAGAUUAUUGGUCAUCAGAAUGGUUAACCAUUAAGUGAUGCAGAAAUGUAAGUUAAAAUAUUAGAGAUUAAUAAAUGGAUAAAUGAACAUUAAAUGUAAAUUGAAAACUAAAAUGAUCAUUAAAAAUAAUGA